CCACUCCGGGGAGGGCGGCAUUCCUCCGCCUCCUCCGCCAGAGGGAUGCGUGAGCCUUCUCAGCCGGCCUCUGCGGAGUCCCACUUCAUGAAUGACUCUGUUGGAAGUACCUGGGCUGGCUCGGUAGCCGUCCUGAGCAGAAGGGAGAUCUUCGCUCGCCACCCUGGCUGGAAACCCGCAGCGUGCCGCCGGCGGCGCACAGCGGAGAAACUUUCUGCAAACUCCUCAGCCCGGGGUCUCGCUCGUGAAAUCUCCAGCAUGUCUCUCAUGUUAAACAGCGCAUAUCAAGGAGGAAAAGCCUUUGGAUUACUCAAAGCCAAGCAGCAAGGAAGGCUGGAAGAGAUCAACAAGGAGUUUCUCUGUGACCCAAAGUUCAGCGAUGAAGAGCAUUUGGAGGAAAAACUUGCAGUUUUCAAAGAAAAGUACAUGGAGUUCGACCUGAACAACCAAGGUGAAAUUGAUCUGAUGUCAGUGAAAAGGAUGAUGGAGAAGCUGGGAGCCCCCAAAACCCACCUGGAGCUGAAGAAAAUGAUCUCGGAAAUCACCGGAGGUGUCAGCGACACCAUCUCUUACCAAGAUUUUGUCAACCUGAUGCUUGGGAAACGGUCUGCAGUCCUCAAGUUGGUCAUGAUGUUUGAAGGAAAAGCCAACGAAAGCAACCCAAAGCUUUCAGGCCCACCUCCUGAGAGAGAUAUCUCCAGCCUCCCUUGAAAGGAAAACGAGCCCCUCAGAGCCUACCUUGUACGCUUUCAUAUUGCUCACCAGAGCGGUUUUACAUGGGCUUCCUGCUGCAUUGCUUUGAUACUGGACAGUCUUAGAAAGCAAGAAACUAACCAGCUUUUAGCAAAAAGGAAUGACAAGGGAAGUUCCAGGGAUUUCUGCUGGAGGAAUCCCUAAGUAGCCAUGCAUUCUGUUUUAAUUUUUUAACUGAAACCCCUCCCUUGCCUUUCCCACUUUGUUUCUGGGCCCUGAGGCAUCCUUUUUAUUGUAAUUUCAUGGAUAUUUGUGCUCAUGGUGAUAUCAGGUCAUAAGCCAUCCCAGUGGCGUUGUGUGGGCAGGGUCACAGCGGUGAUUGCCCUGGGCUCAAAAUUCUUAGGGGGUGAAAACUGUCA